UGACGUUUCUGUUCUACUCGGUUGCAUUGACCUUUAUUUAUUUUGACGUAUACACACAUUAGAUACAUGCAGAAAACGUAAAGAGAAAGUGUUUUAAUUCACAUUGGAAAUCGCAUGAAAAGAAAAAAUGGACUUGGCAAAGUCUUUAUUUAGUUCACGCGAUCAUGUCGGCUACGUGGGACGUGAAGAUCAUGAACGUAAAAUCAGUGCAGCAUUAGCUGAUGACGAUCCAGAAGACAUUAUCGACGCGAUUCGAGGAUUAAAUAUUGCUGAUGAACUUCUACCUGCUCCUGGGGGCCCAUUUUCAGCGCUCACUCCCAGCAUGGUGCCACAGGACAUUAUGGCAAAGUUGGCUCAGCCAGAAUCUGAAGGCCACGGCGGAGGGCUCCCUGACUAUAGGUUUGACGAAUUUGGUUUUUGUGUAGAUGAAGAAGAUGGACCAGAACAAAGCUCCAACAAACUUUUGGCAAACGCUUUUGUUGAAGAUGACCAACACCGAUUGCAAUGGGAAUUUUACAGCAAAGAAAUAAGUUUUACUGAGACUGAAGGAAAACUUGAAAAGACAGAUAAACUGCAAAAGAUGGUGAAAGAUGGUGUUCCACAUUCACUGCGUCCACAAGUAUGGAUGAAUCUUUGUGGUGCCAACAAGAAAAGGGCAACAACAGAGUUUACAUAUCAUGAAAUUGUCAGGGCUUCAAGUGAUGACGGUUUAGUGACAAGUAAACAAAUUGAAAAAGAUUUAGUCCAAAUAUUACCUAAUAAUGUUUGUUUUUCACAUCCAACAAGUACUGGUGUUCCAAGAUUACGACGCAUUUUGAGAGCCCUUGCAUGGUUGUAUCCUGACAUAGGCUAUUGUCAGGGAACUGGUAUGAUUGCAGCUUCCCUUUUGCUGUUGAUGGAAGAAGAAGAUGCAUUUUGGAUAAUGUGCACUACUGUUGAAGAUCUUCUGCCUGCUUCUUACUACUCAUCAACACUUAUUGGUAUACAAGCGGACCAAAAAGUUUUGAGAAGUCUAAUUUCUACUUACUUACCAGGUAUUGACCAAGUUCUAAAUGCCCACGACAUAGAACUCUCGCUGAUAACAAUGCAUUGGUUCCUUACAUUAUAUGCAAAUGUUGUCCACAUGAAAAUAUUACUAAGGAUUUGGGAUCUCUUCUUUUUGGAUGGAUCCAUAGUACUUUUUAAAGUAACAUUAGCUAUGCUAAAAAUUAAAGAAAACCGGUUUACUGAAAUAUCAAACUCUGCACAAAUUUUCAACACCUUGUCAGAUAUUCCUGGCGAAAUUGAUGAUGUAGACCAGUUAAUUAAGACAAUUGAUGAUGUUUGUGGUGAUACUUUGAGUCCUACAUUGAUUGAAACCCACAGAAGACGACAUCUAGCGUACUUAAUGGCUGACCAUGGAGCACUGGUUGGAAACCCUGGCGCAGUACCUAACCUUCCAAAGCAACAGUUACAAAGGCGGCAAAUAAAAAGGAGCAAAUCAGUUUUACAAACAAUACUAUUUGGAGAAGAUGGCAGCAAUGAUGACACUAUAUCAAAAAAUGUGAAACAAACUGAAAUACUUGUUGACCUGAGAGAGGCAAUAUUACAAGUCGCUCGACAUUUUCUCGCCCUUGAAGCACAGUUAGCAUCUGAAGUGCAACUAACUGCUGAUUACACUAUGCAGAGUCAUGCCGCAGACCGAGACAGAUAUGUUAAUGUGUCACGAAGUAAGCGGCGGCGAGCCAAAGCACUGUUAGACUUUGAACGAAGAGAUGGUGGUGAACUGGGUUUCAGGAAAAAUGAUGUAAUUGAAGUAAUCAGUUCCAGGGAUGAGCAUUGUUGGAUAGGAGAAUUAAAUGGCCUAAGAGGCUGGUUUCCAGCAAGGUUUGUAAAAUUGUUAGAUGAAAAAGGGGUGAAGUAUAGUAGAGCAGGCGAUGAUUCAGUUACUGAAAAGAUUGCACAUUUAGUAAGAGGAGUACUAGCUCCUGCCUUUAAAAGGGUUUUAUUACAUGGAAUCAAAAGGCCUAGCUUUUUAGAUGGUCCUUGCCAUCCAUGGUUAUUUAUUGAAGAAGCAUCAUCUCGGGAAGUGGAAAAAGACUUUAAUUCUGUGUAUAGUCGCCUUGUGCUAUGUAAAACAUAUCGUUUGGAUGAAGAUGGAAAAGUCUUAACACCAGAAGAAUUGUUGUACAGAUGUGUCCAAGCCAUCAAUCUAUCACAUGAUAAUGCUCAUGCACAGAUGGAUGUGAAAUUGCGCACUUUAAUUUGCAUGGGAUUAAACGAAGAAGCUUUGCAUUUAUGGUUAGAAGUUCUGUGUUCUUGUGUAGAUGUUGUUCAAAAAUGGUAUCAUCCAUGGUCUUUUAUAAAUUCUCCUGGUUGGGUUCAAAUUAAAUGCGAGCUCAGGAUACUUUCACAAUUUGGAUUUAAUUUGAAUCCAGAUUGGGAACUACCCUUAAAAAAAGAUACGCAAAAUCAGCCUCUGAAAGAAGGUGUUAGAGAUAUGCUAGUAAAACAUCACUUGUUUUCAUGGGAUUUGUAAACCCCUUUUGUGCAAUAUCAAAUUGUAAAUAUUUUGAAUAUCGAUGUAAAUGUUUAAUUACACUGCACUGCAUAAUUUGUCUAAACUAUUUAUAUCACUUUUAUGUCAAUACUAAAAUGUAAAUCUUCUUGCCUAAAAUAUAUUAUUUACAACUGCAA